AUGCCUGCUACUGACGCGCUUGCACCGCCGUGCACCCCCGCUGAACGGGCGAUUGUGAAGUCUUAUGGUGGAUGGACUCAGUUCAUGCAUUGCUUCGGCCUGAAGCCCUGGGAGACGGAUGAUAUUGAAGAGGCAAAGAGGAUCUUGGUUGCUUUUACCCAGGACGACGAGGAAAGAAUGGCGUCUGCUCAAUCUGAUGAAGAGGUCAGGUGA